AUGCAAACUCAUUACUUAGCUCGUUUAGUUUCAACACAAAAUUUUAAUCCAAUUCGACGAACAUUACCUAUUUUUCGAACACUAAUACAAUCUAAUUCUCUACAAACAACAACAUCUCAUCGUUCAUCAUAUAUAUUUCGUUAUGCAUCAACAAAUUCAUCAAAUGAUGAACAAAAUCAAAAUGAAAAGAAAAAAAAUAAUAUGACAAAUUUAAUUUAUAUUGUUGGUGGUUUAACAGGUGUUGCUGCUAUUUAUUCAAUUUUUGGAAAUCGAAAAAAUUCAAAAGGAAAAAACCAAGCCAUUACAGAAUCUGAUGAAAAAGAUAGACAAUCUCAAGAUGAUUCAAAUAAAACACUUGUUGAAAAAGUUCAUGAUUUACAAGGACGAGAAUCAAUUGUUGAAGAAGAAGAUCCAAAUAAAAUAAUAGAAAUGAAUAAAAAUGAUUUAACACCAAAUAUUCCAAAUUUUGCUCAAUAUUUAAUUAUUGGUGGUGGUGCAACAGCGAUGAGUGCAUUUCAAUCUAUACGUACACAUGAUCCAAAAGCAAAAGUUCUUGUUAUUAGUUCAGAAAAAUAUUUACCAUAUAUGCGUCCUCCAUUAUCAAAAGAUAUUUGGUAUACUAAUGAUGAUGAACUUAUAGAAAAACAUUCAUUUAAACAAUGGAAUGGAGAAGAGAAAAGUUUAUAUUUUAAUAAUGAAGAAUUUUAUACAGAUGUUAAAACACUUAAUGAUGAAGAAAAUGGUGGUGUUGCAGUUGUUCGUGGAAGAAAAGUUAUUGAUCUUGAUUUGAAAAAUUCUGUAGCAAGAUUAGAUAAUGGUUGGCAAAUAACAUUUGAAAAAUGUUUAAUUGCUACGGGUGGUCAACCAAAAACUUUAAAAAUAUUUCAAACAGCAUCACAUAAUUUGAGAAGUAAAUUAACAUUUUAUAGAGGAACUCGAUUUUCGUAA